CCUGAUGAGACGAACAACAAAAAUGGAGUUGUGAACUAGUAGCAGGUUAGCUUCUAAAGAACGUCUCAAUUUCAGUCUUUUGGAGUAUUUACCUUUAAAUGAGUGGGAGUUUCCAGCAGAUAGAAGUGGCGUGAUGCGAUCACAUCGAUGUCACGCGUAGUUUGUGUUUUAUACUGGUCGUAAGAAGCUGUUGAACAGGGUAAACAAACCGGCUUCUUGGCUACGACAAAGACAACAAGGCUUAGUAAGCUAGCUAGCGAGCUAAGGCUCAAACAGAAGCAUCUGCUCGUCUCCACUCACAGCUAGCUAGUUAACCAACGAACAGCGAGGCGAGGACAGGCAUGGAGAAGUCAGAUUUCCUGAAGGGACUACCUGUCUACAACAAAAACAACUUCAGCAGGUUCCAUGCAGACUCUGUAUGCAAAGCAUCAAACCGUCGACCAUCUGUGUAUCUUCCAACCCGGGAAUAUCCAUCAGAGCAGAUCAUAGUCACAGAGAAGACAAACAUCCUAUUGCGAUAUCUUCACCAACAGUGGGACAAAAAGAAUUCAGCAAAGAAGCGAGAGCAGGAUCCAGGAGAGGGAGAGAACACGGCGCCUCCACGGAAAAUAGCCAGAACAGACAGUCGGGAGCUGAAUGAGGAUUCGUGAAUGGCUGUGUUGUUGUUGAUGCACACCCAGCAGAGACUGACCUACACAAACAAACAAAUUGUACACACAGAUGCAGAAUAUAUGGUUGCAAACCCAGGCCUUCCUCGGCACUGAAGCAUACAAGGAUCGACACAUUUCAGACCACAGCCGGCAUGACAUUAUGUUUGCAUUCGACUUCAGAUCUCCUCCUUAACCAAAAACGUUUUUCCUCAAUGCAUUUACUACUUUGACCCUGUAUUUUCUUUUCUUCCAAGAGACCUCUGCCUCAGAUUUCAGUCUUUUGUAGUUUGAAAAUAACAUACAUCUACCUCCUUAUUCCUCGCCCCGUCUGGUUUUCCUUCACUCAUGCCCACACAGUUAUUUAAGGCUUUUACAGCUGUAGUUCUUCAUACCAUGUCUGAGAUAUGCAUGUUUUAAUUGGUUAAGUGUCAUGCCAUCUUUUGAGGCUCCUACUCCAUUAGGAUUUUUUUAGUUUUGAAUUGCAUAAUGACAGUGGUCCAUAAAAGGUUAUUUUAGCUCAUCCUUUAUAUGAUUACUGUCAUUACAGGAAAACAGCAUUGUGUUUGUUGCUUAGAUUUAAUCAUCUAUUCAGGGUUUGUUAUGGACGGUUGCAGAAAAAGACAGAGAAUGCUGAAAGAAACGUUCUUCUGUUUUCUCCUGAUGAAUAAUGAUUUGUUGCCUUAAAUGGAAGCGAGUGUGUUUUCACUAUGUCUUAGAGUACACCCCUUGGUUUACAUUGUUGUUGUUUCAGGUGAAGAAAUGAAGCACUGUGUUGAGUUGAAUGGAUAUUCGCGUGUCUAUAAAGAUGCAUUCAAGCCAAUACAGUCAUACUAGAGGAUGCAAACUGUUUUUGUACAGUAUGACCUGCAGAUUGUGUAGCCAUAUUCUAAGUUCAAUGCUCAGCAGUUUGAGAUCACAACUUUAUAAGCAGCGCGUGUAUCUUUGUAAUUGCAAAGUUAGCACAGUAAUUUUAUGGAUGACUACACAUUUACAAUUUAGCUGUACUGCUGUCAAUCCUUGUUCUAAAUGUGCUGUUCACACUGCUUAAAUGGGUUGCUCAUUUGAGCGACACUGAGGAAAUGUGUGUUUGGAUUUACAAGCUUUUGACAGCAGGGCUAAAUAAACAGUCUGUUCGCUGCUCAUAAAGUCAGUGAAGCUCAUCGUAAGUCUUGUAUAUUUGUACAGUAUGUGUAUUGUGAUUGCUCUGAACCCCUUUUAUCAGGUAACAAGACGACUCGCUCUGAUUUUGUCUUCCCCACGUUAGCCAUAUUGUAACUUAAUUUUUGUUUAGCCAAUUUGUUCCUGUAUGUCGGAGGGAUACAAGCCAGAGUUUAGUCAACACAAACAAGCAUUUUGCUUAAUUUCCUUUGCACCUUUUAGAAACUUCACUUUUUGCGCAUCUGUAAAGAGUAAUCUGCUGCAAAUUGCAUUGGCCACAUUUUCAAUAAUGUUUGGCACGACUGACAGUUGAGUCUAUUAAUGUACAUUUUUACUUUUGUUACAUAUUGCUGUUCAAAGAUUACAGAGUAUAUGUGCAGUUUGGCUGCGUAUGUAAGUAGAAUACUCACUAAGUUUCUAAGUUAAGACAUUCUUCAUAGAAGAGUGUAAUAGUUCUACUUUUGUCGUAUGGUUUCUAUUCCAUCACCUGAUUACGUUUGGAAUGUGUUUAUUGUUAAAUGCUUUGCUUUGAGUUUAUUGUAUAAAUGUAUUGUUGUCAAUUUCAGAUCUUGUUCUUAUAAAGAAUACACUAUGACAAACAGUAUAA